AUGGGCAAACUGCUGAUCCUCACUGGUCUGGCCCUCCUGCUGCAGCUGCAGCUGGGCUCAGCCGUCAACAUUGUCUGUUACUUCACCAACUGGAGCCAGUACCGUCCCGGGAUUGCCCGCUACAUGCCUGAGAAUGUGGACCCCUGCCUUUGCACUCACAUCAUCUAUGCCUUCGCUGGCAUGGCCAAUAACCAAAUCAAAACCAUCGAGUGGAAUGAUGAGGCCCUCUAUGCUGGCAUCAACAAUCUCAAGACCUAUAACACCGAGCUGAAAACCCUGCUGUCUGUUGGAGGCUGGAAUUUUGGAACUCAGGGGUUCUCUGACAUGGUUGCCACUGCUGCAAACCGCCAGACCUUCAUCCAGUCAGCCAUCCAAUUUCUGAGGAAGUACAACUUCGAUGGGCUGGACAUUGACUGGGAGUACCCUGGUAACCGUGGCAGCCCAGCAGACACCCAACAGCUCUUUACUGUCCUGUUGAAGGAAAUGUAUGAAGCUUUUGAGCAAGAGGCUACUCAGAGCAACAAGCCCCGGCUCCUGAUUUCUGCUGCUGUGUCUGCUGGCAAAAGCACCAUUGAGACAGCCUACCAGAUCCCUGAGAUGUCCAAGUACAUGGAUCUUAUCAACGUGAUGACUUAUGACCUGAGGGGCUCCUGGGAGGGCUUUACUGGAGAGGAUAGUCCUCUGUUUGCCGGACCCAAUGACCAGGGUGACUACAUCUACUUUAAUGUGGACUAUGCCAUGAACUACUGGAAGAACCAUGGGGCUCCUGCUGAGAAGCUGAUGGUUGGGUUUGGUGCCUAUGCCCGGACCUUCACCCUCACCAACCCCUCCAACCACGGCCUGGAUGCUCCCACCUCUGGCCCUGGUGCGGCCGGACCCUACACUCAGGAAGCUGGAACUCUCGCCUACUUUGAGGUCUGUGGCUUCCUGAAAGGUGCCACUGAGGUGUGGAAUGCCCCUCAAGAGGUCCCCUAUGCCUACAAAGGAAAUCAAUGGAUUGGCUAUGACAACCCCAAGAGUUUCACUAUCAAGGCAGAUUGGUUGCUGAAGAACAAUUUUGGAGGAGCCAUGGUCUGGGCCAUUGACUUGGAUGACUUCACUGGCACUUUCUGUGGAGAAGGCAAAUACCCACUCAUGAAUGCCAUCAAAUCUGCCUUGGGUGUCUCCACUCCCAGUUGCCGAGUGCCAACCUCUACUUUGGGCACCAGUAUUGCUCCCAUUGUCACAGCAGCUCCUGGUGGUGGUAGUUCAGGAGGCAGUGGGUUCUGUGCUGGCAAGUCCAAUGGUCUUUAUGCAAACCCCAAGAGCAAGAAUGCCUUCUACAACUGUGUGAAUGGAGAGACCUACGAAGAGGCUUGCCAGACUGGUCUAGUCUUUGACACAAGCUGCUCGUGUUGUAACUGGUCAUAA